UAUUAUGUUCUGUUACUUCCAGCUGGAGGGUGGAUCAGUGGUAAUUACCGGCUACGUGGAGGGUCUAUCCCCCGGCAAGCACGGUCUGCACAUCCACGAGUUUGGCGACUUUUCCCGCGGUUGCCUAUCGACGGGGCCACACUACAACCCGUAUGGCAACGAUCACGGAGGCCCCGAUGACGAGAACCGACACAUCGGUGAUUUGGGUAACAUCGUGGCGCACAUUACGGGUCUGGCCAAAAUCCAGCUGGUGGACCGCAAGAUAACGUUGGUCGGUGAGCAUAGUAUUCUGGGGAGGACCCUAUGCGUAACGGAAUACGAGGACGAUUUGGGUAAAGGAGGUCACGAUUACAGUAAAACCACGGGAAAUUCCGGAAAUCGGCUUGCCUGUGCUAUCAUCGGUGUAGCUCGGGAGGAGUACUUUCCGGAAAGGGGACACCUUACGACGAACGAUUGAACUGACGAGAUUUCGAAUAUGGCUGCCGUUUUUUAUGUUUCCAUAAAUUUUAAUUUAUAAUUAAACGACCCGAAUACUGUA